UGGGUGGCUCGGUGGUACAGCGGUUUACUGAUGGUUCUGGGCCUUCCUGUGGAGUUUGCAUAACCGCUCUGUCUUCAUACCUGAAGUUUUCUGCAGGUGGUCUAGUAUUAUCCCACAUGAGAAACUUCCAAACAUGACUCAUAGUUUGUCUUCACAUUCUUAGGUGUCUGCUGGAGAGACGGCUCUGUUUGUUCUGGUUGUUUGACGAGCUUUUGGUCCAUUAUUAGCGGAAAUUGGAUUCAGCUUUAUAAUUCCCAGUGUGUUCAAGAAUUUAUGGAAGCUGACGUUUCAGAUAAGAGUGUUGGGUAGUAAAGACCGCUAAUGACACCCACCUUCAUGCUAUGGAAAAGCACAAACAGAACUCGUUGUAUGUUUUGUGUACAUUACGCAGGCAGGUCACAGGUGUGCUCAGAUACGGGACUUUAAAUUACCUCACCAGAAAAAAAAACUUUUUUUUUUUUUUUAAUAGUAUUGUGAAAUUCCUACAUGACAGGUAAAACUGGAAAACAGUUCACUUCUAAUAACGCUCAAAGUUAGAAAACAAAGCAUGAGGUAAUGUUUGCUUAGACAGACUGCUUUUUUCUUUGACAUUUUACAUUCAAAAUAGCCAAAAAGCUGGUCUGUGUCGCUAUUUGCAGGUAGAAACCACAUGAAAAGCUGCAACACAAAGAUGGAGAAGGUGCAGCUGUUCUCAAUUUGAACGUUGACCAUUUCAAAAAUGCUCAGCAUUGAUGGGAACACAUGGUGCGUGUAAUCAAACAGAGCUGUUUAUUCGGUCAGGUGCGCUCUGACGUAUUCAAAUGAUUAGAGAAAAAACACGAGUCGCUCUGAAAUCUGGACCAGCUGCAAAGGAAUGGAAACAGAAAAUGUGAAGCUAAUCUUUAAAUAUUUCACCCAAAAGUUAUAACCAGUACAAAGAACUUGAUUCUCCCCCACAUUCUUUAGGGUUAUAAAUUGUCAUUAAACAGAGCUUGACCCUGCAAGGUAAAUACAAACCUAUCGGCUUUUGUGCGUUUAUCAGGACUAAAUACAGAGACACCUGCAGAUAAGGUGUGUGAGUGAGGGGCUGGACACUCUCUGGACGGGUAUAUUAGAACUGAAAAGUCAGGAGUUUGUUAGACCACCGUACUAAAAAAUGGAGGGCAGGAGUGAAGGACUUUUUCUGCUGAUUAUGCUUCAGGGUUUUCUGGCUUCUGGUGGCGUGGAGGUCAGGCCUUCCAUCAACCCCGCCGUAGCCGGGGGCGCCGUGACGCUGUCGCUGGUUCCGUCCGAGAACAUAAAGACUGGAAGCUGGUCGGUGGGGCAGUCCCCCGUGGUCACCUGGCAGGGGACUCACCAGGCGGUUUUCCCCAGCCACACCGGCAGGGCGUUUGUGAACAUCAGCACCGGAGCGCUCACUCUGACCUCGCUCACGGUGGCCGACUCAGGCGUCUAUGAGGUGCUGGGUACCGACCCCCAACUGAGGGCCAACACUUCCAUCACAGUGGAGGAAUCCAUCUCCAACGUGACUCUGACGGUGACUCAGACGGGCCUGCUGGAGUUUCAGAGUUCUGCCCUCAUGAACUGCUCCGUCUCCGCCGGUUCCUCCCUGUCCUAUGUCUGGAUGAACAGCAGCUCUGUGGUCACAGUCGGCGACAGAGUUCACCUCUCAAAUGGAGGCUCCACUCUCAGUGUUUCAAACUUGACCCGCUUUGACUCUGGACCCUUCAAGUGUUUGGUUUCCAACCCUGUCAGUAACGGCACAAGCAAUACCGAAAAUGUCACCGUCAGCUAUGGUCCGGACAACAUGGCUCUCACUGUGAACGGACAGGAAACAACGUCCUUUACUGCUGGAUCUAACUUGACCAUGCUCUGCUCUGCUCAGUCCAACCCUGCAGCCCAGCUCCAGUGGGCUUUCAAAGGAGCUCUCAUGAACAGCACAGGAACACAGCUGCAGCUGAUCCACGUCACUGAGAACCAGACUGGUUCAUAUUCGUGCCUGGCUUUUAACAACAACACCAGCAAAUACAACAACAUCACCAGAACCAUCACAAUAUCAAGCAGCAGCAUCAAGAAGACAGGUACCAGUAGGGAUUCGUCCACUUCAUCAAGGGAGAAGUUCUCAGCUGAUCAAAAGAUGGAGAGAAGAUUGAGCUCUGGAGUGAUGCUGGUCCUAAUCCUGACCGUAAUAUCUGUAGGAGAUCCCGUGUUCAGCCAAAGCCCUACCGUCUCUGAACUAUUCAAACCAGUGGGCGGCAAUGUAACACUCAGCGGGGUCAGUCUGGCAGAAGGAGGAUGGUUGUACAACUGCAAAUAUAUUGCCUUAAUUUUUGGAGAUCAUAUUUCGGAAAGCUCCGUUUGGAAGGAGAGAAUAUCGAUUAAUGCCACUAACUACGAUUUGACUAUAAGAGCACUAAAUGUGAACGAUUCUGGAGUGUACAGUUUAAGCGACGUGGAUAAUACAUUCGUUUCUGUAAAACUCUCAGUUCAAGUUCCCAUUUCUAAUGUGAACCUGAAUGUCAGCCAGAUCAAUCUGGUAGAAUUCAUUGACACCGUGGUCUUCACAUGCUUUGUGUCUGCUGGCUCCUCUGUCUCCUACAAGCUGUUGAAUGAGACAUCUACAGGUGUAGCCAUGGUAAAUGGCACCUUCACUUUGCCCAACGUGACCCGGGACAAUCGCGGCCCGUUCAGGUGCGUUGCAUCAAACGGACUUGGGGACAUGACUAGCCCAUCAGUGCAACUGAACGUCAGAUAUGGUCCAGAUAUGCCGGUGAUGAAAGUGAUGCCAGAGAAGGCCAUACACGUGUCGGGAUCUGGAAUCACACUGUCCUGCUCAGCAGACUCCAAUCCUUCAGCAACAGUUCAGUGGAAGUUUAAUGGAGUGAAUCUCAACCAAAACAGCCCACAGCUUCAGUUACAGAAUGUUUCAGUGAACAACUCUGGAGUUUAUGAAUGCAUUGUCCACAACCCGAUCACUUUACGGUACAACAGUGGAAGUGUAAGGGUUCAGAUUAUGGAUCCCAUUACUUCAGUUGUGGUGAAAAACACUGGGGGCCCUGCAAUUCUUAAUAAAUCUCUUACCCUUCAAUGUCAAGUGACUGGGCCAGUUGAAGGUGUUCAGUGGUGGAAAGAGGACCAGCUUAUUUUAUCUAAUAGUACAGCAACAUUUGGUGACAACUGGACACUGACUUUUAAUGCAGUCCAGCAUUCAGAUGAUGGAACAUACAUGUGCAAGGCUUCAAACUCUGUGAGCAACAUGUCAAGCAGCCCCUUCCAAGUCACAGUUCACUAUGGACCAGAAAGAGUGACCGUUUCAGGAACUAAUCUCAAGAAAAAAAGUGGAGACAAUGUCACGCUCAGCUGCCAGGCGGAAUCAAACCCGCCGAGCCACUUCACGUGGUACUUCAAUGAUGUCAUCGUGUCCAGCAUGUCUACCUUUGUUUCGUCUCCACUGACGAAAGAGCUGAGCGGGCAGUACACCUGCGUGGCCUUCAACAACAUCACCAACCUGAACAGCAGUGACAGCAUAAACAUUUCUGUUAUUGAUCCAAUUGUGAAUGUGACUAUAACGACAAACACAAUUUCCGUCAUUGAAAACGAACGACACGAGUUAACUUGUGAGGUCACUGGAGAUGUUGAUGAGAUUCACUGGAUGACGGAGCAGGGAGAACUGGAAGAGGAUAACACAACUAUGUUCCACAUGGACAAUAAGACAGUCAAAUUUGUUUCUGUCGAUCAUGACGAUGCAGGAACCUACCACUGCACAGCUGUAAAUGUUUUUGGAAACAUGACCAGUCGUGCCUACAACCUCGUCGUCAACUAUGGACCAAAAAUGACAACUGUCAAAGGCCCGAGUGUGGCAACGGAAGGAUCCAGUGUCAGUAUGAGCUGUUCGGCAGAUUCCUUACCUGAGAGCUCCUUCAGCUGGUAUUUCAAUGGUUCUAAGGUCUCCAACAUGUCUCAGUUCACCACGCCCCCACUUACCAAAGAGCUGAGUGGCCAGUAUACCUGUGAGGCUUUCAACAGCAUUACCAACAGAACCAGCAAUGACUCCUUGAUGCUUUCUGUUAUUGAGUCAAUUUCAAACGUUCAAGUACAGUCCAUGAACUCUGCAGUGGAACGCCAGCCCUACAAUUUAACCUGUGGCGCAACAGGACCAGUUGAUAGCAUUCACUGGAUGAAGGAUUCCAAACCACUGCAGGCGGGCAGCAGAAUCGUUUUCCUCCAGAACAACAAGACGGUCUCGUUUAUGCCAGCAGAACGCUCUGAUACUGGAAACUACCAGUGCAUGGCUUGUAAUCAGGCUGAAAACGUGACCAGCGUUCCCUACAACCUCAUUGUCAACUAUGGACCUGGUGUGGUAAAUGUCACUGGACCAGGCGUAGAGAAGGCAGGAAAAAGAGCUGAUCUCUCCUGCUCUGCAGAAUCAACCCCCAUGAGCCACUUCACGUGGCAUUUUGGUGGCUCUGUGGUCGCCAACACGUCUGUCUAUGUUAUUCCUUUCCUCACCCAAAGCAAUAGUGGGAAGUAUGUCUGCACAGCCUUCAACAACGUCACCAACCAAAACAGGACGGGUUACCUAAUGCUUUCUGUUGUUGACCCCAUAACUGAAGUACAGAUAGAGCAAGAAAUGAGUUCAUCCAUGGAGGGUUAUUCUUACUCUCUACAAUGCAAUGUAACUGGAUCUGUUGAUAACAUUUACUGGAUGAAGGACGGGAUGCCACUGCAGGCGGACAACCGAACAGUUUUCAUGAUGGACAACAAGACAGUCAAGUUUGUGUCUGUGAAGCGUUCUGAUGCUGGAAACUACAGCUGCAUGGCUGUCAAUAGUUUUGAAAACAUGACUAGCUCUUUCAACAAACUUGUAGUCAACUAUGGACCAGACACACCCGUCAUCCAAGGGCCAGAGUUUGGUGAAGUGGGAAGUGAAGUCGUCUUCAGUUGCUCUGCCUCAUCGACUCCCCCAAGUCACUUUAGUUGGUGGUUCAAUGACUCUCAAGUAGCAGUCACAUCAAUGCUCACUGUUGGUCCUUUGACUUUUAACAUGAGUGGCAACUAUACCUGUAUGGCUCACAAUAGCCUCACAGGAAAAAACAGCACCAACUCAACUGUGCUGACAGUUAUAGAGGGAAUUAAGUCAAUCAUGAUACAAAACAACACAAUUCCAAUAAACCAGCAAAACUUCUCACUCACAUGUGACAUUGUUGGACCCUAUGACGCCAUCUCCUGGAUGAAGGAUGGCGAGUACCUAAACGUGAGCGACUCCUGUGGGAGCCAGAAGACCAAGUACUGCACUGAGAAGAACAUGCUUCACUUCACACCAGUCACCCUGCAGGAUGAAGGGAAAUAUCAGUGUGCUGCUACCAACAAGGCAGCUGCUCAUAAGAGUCCAGAGCACACCCUCCUGACUAUCUAUGGUCCUUUGAAAGUAACUAUUUCCAGAUCGAAUGCGGGUUCCCAGAGCACCUCUGUCUCUCUGACAUGCUGGGCUGAUUCUCGGCCACAGUGUGACUUCCAGUGGUUCUUCACCAAUCAGACAACUCCUUUGAAGACUGGACCUCAAAUUACUUUCAAUGUAACGCAGGCAGGGAUCUACGUUUGUAAGGCAACAAACCCUGUGACAAAAGUCACAAUGUACCAAACCGAAGCUUUAGUUGUUGGAGGUCAGGUCUGUCUUAUGCAUUUUGCCGCCCAUGGAAGCCUGUUGUCGAUGAGUCUGCUUGUUUUCUCUGCACAUGUGCUAUUCCGCUGAGUCCUCCUGAGGUCCCUGCUGGCCUCACAGACCUCCUGCUCCCUCUGCACCAUUUCAUCAAGCACUUUUGCCAAAAAUCCAAAUCUGACACCAGUGUGGAAAACUACUCUCUGGAAAAGAUUAUCUAACAUAUUUAUAAUUGUAUGGAUCUAUUGCUUUGGUUGUACUAAAAAGCUGUUGUGAAGUUUUCUGAUACUUUAAAUACCUUUUGUGUGGUACAAGUUCUGAUUUUUUUAAUAUUCUGUAUAUUGCACUUUAUCUUUAAUAUGAUUACAACAAAUGUAUAAGUACUACAAAAAAUAUAAACAUAUAUAAAUGUCAUAAAUUCACAAAUGAUAUGUUGAUUUUCUGGAAUGUAAUUUAUCAAGUCUUC